GUUCUCUUAGCAGUCAUCUCUUACUGUCUGUUCAACACUACUAUGGCUUCUUUAGUAUCCAAACUUUCUUUCUUCUUCUUCUUUGUCCUUGUUCUCUCCCCUCAAAUUCAAGCCAGAGAAGGCAAAGUCUUUAGCCUCUUCACCCAUUUUAGAACCAUCUACAAUGUCAAAGAGCAUCAAAAUUUGCCUGAGAAACCAAAAGCUAAAUCACCAACACCAGCACCCGCACUAGAGCCUAUAGCAGCACCAACACCAGAACCAAUCACUGCACCAGCACCAGCACCAGCACCAGAAUCAGGAUCAACAACAGUAGAAUCAGGGCCAGCACCAGAGCCUGAUUUUGUUGACAAUGGAAAUGGCUAUGGCCUUUAUGGCACUGAGUCUUCUGCUACUCAAUAUUCUUCUCCCAACAAGGAGACUCCAAUCACAACCACAACCACCUUUGAAAAUGAGCUUCUUGAUGAAGAUCUCACUGGUGAGAGCUUCAACAACAACAACAACAAUAAUUAUAACUACAACCCCAACAGCUACAGCAACAAUGAGGUGAAAAGAAAUAGCAACAAUUACAACAAUGAAGAAGAGUUCAGGAACAAUUACAACAAUGGCUAUGACAAGAACCAUGAGGACAGCUACUCCAACAACAAUGAAGAAGAGUUCAGGAGCAGUUACAACAAUGGUUAUGAUAACAAGAACCAUGAGGACAGCUACUCCAACAACAACUACAAUGAAAGGUACACCAAUAACUACAACAAUGGCAAUGAAUACAGCAACAACAAAAACAGCUACAAUGAAAAGUAUACCAGUAACUACAACACUAACAAUGAAUACAACAGCAACUACAACAAUGUCUUUGAUGAGGUGAAGAGAGAAGGAAUGAGUGACACAAGGUUCAUGGAGAAUGGCAAGUACUAUUAUCCUGUGAAGAACAAUAAUAAUCAGAAUUAUAACCUCAAUGAGUAUGAAUCAGUGAGAGGAAAAACUGAGAAUGAAGGAUACUAUGAGAAAACUCAGUACCCUAAUGAGUUUGAUACCAUGGAAGAGUAUGAGAAGCAGCAAGAAAUCCAAGGGUAUACACCAUGAGUGUUAUUUUUUCCCUUACUUUUUCCUUCCAUCAUAUUUUUAGACAAUUAGAGAGUGAGUUAAACAGAAUGCAUACGAAUUCAGAAGAACAAAGAUACUAAGUUAUGUGGGCAUUGUGAUGCUUUAUUUUCUAGUUUCAUCAGUGGUCUUGCACAGUUUCUUGUUUUGCAGAUCCAAACGAUGGAAAGUAUGAUGUAAUGUUGUCAUUUUGUGCAGUGUGAGAUUCUAGCUUUCUUUGGUAGUUCACCAAAUGGAAAGUUUUACAUUUUGUGCUCAAAUGUUCUGUUAACAAUUAUAUGAAGUAAAUUUCUUGCUUUCUU